AUGAUCGACGCUCUCCUUUUUGCAAGCCUUGCCAUCGGCGGAGGAGCUGCUGCCUCGGUGGGGCCGACCCCAACUGCAGCGGCCGAGGGUGGCAGUAAGGUUGCUCGGGCUAUCGCCGCUGCCUCGCCGAGUCCGACUGGCAUUCUCAAGUACGAGCCAAGCAUUGGAGGCAACUACGUCGUCGGCGGCCUCUAUGCGCUGUACAGCUUGAUCCUCUUCUACUACGUCUUUCGAAGGAAAGAACGGUGGGCGCUCUGCCUGCCUAUCGGAUGCUUUUUCUCGGCAGUUGGCUUCUUUGUCCGUCCGUCCAUCGAUCCCUUCGACGUCAGCCUCGGUCUCUACAUCAUUCAGAGCAUGUUCGUCGUGAUCUCGCCCGCCGCCUUUCUGGCCUUCAACUACCUCCUCUACGGACGAAUGAUCCUCGCUGUGGAUCAAGACUUUGGACGGUCCACGUUGGAUGUGCAGGAGCUCGAAAGCCAGCCUCUGAACACGGCACAGAAGCUCACCAUGCUGCACAAGGCCGGAGGUCCCAAGCGGGAAAAGUCGCGUUUCUCGUUUAUCCCUCCCCGCAUCGUCGGACGCGUCUUUGUCUGGAGCGACGUUAUCACUUUUAUCGUGCAGGUUGGGGCUGGCGGCCUGCAGGCUUCCGGCGGCUCGGGCGAUGCAAAGAUGGCGGAGCUCGGAGACCACCUCUUCCUGGCAGGUGUGAUCCUCCAGGGCGUGUCGUACAUGCUCUUCACGCUGCUCCUGACCUACGCCACGCUUUUGGUGAUCCGGGAAGGCGCCCGCAAUCCGGCAGCCAUGGCACAUGCACGCACGAUCAUGGGUCUGGAAGCUCCUGUCUUUGCUCUCGUCGCCGGUCUCUACUUUUCCUCGGUCUUUGUGAUCAUCAGGUCCAUCUAUCGUAUCAUCGAGUUCUCUCAGGGUUACAGCGGCUACCUGGUGUCCCACGAAAUCUACCUGUUCAUUCUGGACGCUGCGCCGCUUCUGCUCGCCGUUGGUGUUUGGGUGGUCAUGUGGCCGUCUACGCUUCUGGAAAAGGUGUUUGAAAAAAGAUUUUCCAGGUACGGCGGCCACUACUUGGCAAAGACUUCGUCUUAG